GGGAAGAAGAAUAAAUAAGGUUAUUUAAAAAAUAACUAAGCUAUUUUUUAAAAUUUAGCUUAUAAAUCUAUCUAUAUAAAAUGAAUAAACUACGUGGGGUGGCCAGGUGUGGACUACCUUUUCCACCACCCACAAAAAUAAUCAGAUUCCAAAGGCAAGGUUGCACUAACAGGCCAUUUUACCACAUAAUAGUAGCUGAUGUAAAAAGCGACAUUCAUUUUCCGCCUAUAGAACAACUAGGAACCCACGAUCCCAUUGCAAACGAAAACAACGAGAAAUUAACAUCACUAAAUUACGAAAGGAUCCGAUACUGGCUGUCACAAGGAGCUACGACUUCGAGGCCGGUCCAAGAAUUACUAGGACUAGCUGGGUUCUUUCCCAUACACCCCAGAAGUUAUAUGACGGCUUGGAGGAAUAGGAAGUUAGCUGAAGAAACUAGCAAAAUUGAAACUACGGGGACCAACGAACAAGAAAAGGAAUAG